UGUUAUAAAAAACAAAACAAAAACAAUUGCAACUUCUAAUCUGACUUUUGACAGAUUCUGACUUUUGACAGAAUUUUUCAACCUACAAAACUUGGCCGAAUGCUUAAAAAUGUGUCGGUUUUAAUUAUUAUUCAUUGUGCUGUAACUUCGCAUUACAUCUAAAUCAAAGCUUUAUCCACUGUACUUUGUUGGAACCAUUACUAUUUACACUGUUGACUGGUGAAAGGAAUAUGUUUUGCAUUGAAGUGCAGUCAUUUUUAAUGAUCUGUGAUUUGCCUUGAUUCACUGUAAGAAACCUGAAAGAUAGAAGAGAAACCUGGUUGCAGGCUGUGAUUGGCUGUGUUACGUCCCUAAGCCACAAUGUUGACACAGAUCACACACAAUCACAGCAAAACUUUGAAGGAUGUGGUUUUUUGAGAGCUACAAGUAGGCAACAGAGGAGCAGCGCUGGAAUUCAGAGCGAGCAAGGAAGAUCAGGUACUUGGAUCCAGGAAAUAACAGAUUUGGAAUGGAUGACACUACAAACCAGACACCGGGACUAUAUGGAGAUCCAAAGCCCUGGGAUGCCAGUACCUCCUACAACAUCACCUCUCCAAACAGCACCUUUGUUUUUGAGUCUCCCAUCUCUCCUCUGAUGGACAAGAUUAUGAACAUCUUCAUCGUCAUCAUCCUCUUCUUCAGCAUGAUAUCCUUGGGCUGCACCAUGGAGAUCCCCAAAAUCAGGGCCCACUUCUUGAGGCCGAAAGGGGUGGCCAUUGCUGUGGUGGCCCAGUACGGCUUCAUGCCCCUGUCUGCCUUCCUGCUGGGCAAAGCGUUCCGGCUCAGCCCCAUGGAGGCCCUUACUGUACUGAUAUGCGGCUGCUGUCCUGGGGGGAGCGUGUCCAACUUUUUUGCCCUGGCCGUACAAGGUGACAUGAACCUGAGCAUUGUGAUGACUACCUGCUCCAUCCUGCUGGCACUGGGCAUGAUGCCGCUGCUGCUCUACCUGUACAGCCAGGGCAUCCCAAACAUAGAGAGGAUGGUGCCCUAUACCGGGAUCAUCCUGUCUCUGCUCAUGACCCUGGUGCCCUGUGCAAUCGGCAUCGCCAUCAACCACCGCGCACCGCGCUACUCUCCCAUCAUAAUCAAGGUCGGGAUGAGCAUUUUGCUGGUCAGCGGCGUGGCGUUUUCCAUAAUGGUCGGCGUCACAAUCGGAGACACCUUGCUGAGGAUCCUGUCCCCUCGGCUCCUGGUCACAGCGUCCCUGAUGCCACUGAGCGGCUUCCUGUUUGGAUACCUCCUGUCCAGCAUCUUCAGGCUCAAAGGGAAAUGCAGGAGGACGGUCGGUGUAGAAACAGGCUGUCAGAAUGCCCAAAUUUGCUUCACCGUUCUGAAAGUGGCGUUCCCCCUGGAGGUCAUCGGACCCCUGUUCCUGUUCCCAUUCGUCUUCAUCAUCUUCCAGACCACAGAGGCCUUGGCUUUUGCGGUCGUCUUCCGCUGUUACACGAGGUUCAAAGCACCAGCCAAGGACAAAGAUGUAUAUCAGACUGUGGACCUGAAAGCAGAAGGAGAAGGCUCUGAAGCAGUUGCAAUAGAGACCUCACAGUAGCAAAGUCACUGAAUGUAAUGGAAGUGUUAAGAACUCACAUGACCCCCGAUUCUUCUGCAAAUGUGAUGGGUCAUGCACCAAGCAUUUUAACUGCAAGCUUGGUUCUUGAUUCUGGUUCUAAUUCUUUUGUACUGCCAUGCUUUUAUUGAUUUUUACUUGUAACAUUUAAACAGGCAUGCAUUCUUUUUAAAAGACUACACACACACACACACACACAGAUGCGAUAUACAUAAUGAACGAAUUAAUCAUUCAAUAAUAGGAUUUUAAUCCAUAAAUAUAGCCUGUAACAUUUUAUAAUCCUCACCAACAGGCCUCUUGUUUUUAUAUUGUAUAUGCGGCACCACAUAUUAAUAAAGAUUUAUAAAAACAAAAUGAUAACAUUGAUACACUGCAGGUUUUCGUGAAGUGAAUUGAACUCAACUGAUCUCAUUCAAAAUGUAUACUUUGGGGGUAAUAUGGGUGGCCAAACAGCUUUGUUAGACAGCUUCCUGUGUAAUUCGUAUUGCCGUACUACUCUAGACCAUAAAACUACCACAAAACUAGCGAGAUAAGGAACAGGAAGAACAGAAAGUUGGCAAAUCCCACAUGCAAGAAGUAAUGGUGAAGAAAGUGUUUGCGCCAAAUAUGGCAAGCAACUUCAUCUGGAGCGAAGGGCAAUCCUGUCUGUCUGGGUCAAGAUGGAGAUUUGGCAGGUUACAGUCCCUUCUGGAAGCACCUAUCCAUGGGGGGUGGGGGGCAGCAGAUGGUUAAUUAUUAAUAUUGCAGGCAGCACUUCUAUACAAAUUUGAGCUGACACAGAACUUUACAAUGUUUCUGUCAGGCUGCUGACUAAUCUUACAUUCCAGCAACCUUAUAUGGUUUUACGGCUUAACCAGUAACCCGGACUUGAAAAGAACAGGCAGAUUCUCAGGGGAGCAGUCAUUUGCAUUCUCCAAAAUUGACACAGGAAGGAGCAUUCACAUGCGUUAUUUGGGAAUUCCAACACGGGAGUUAACAGGUUAAAACUGGAUAAAAUAUUUCUGAACAGAGAAAUCAAACUGCACAAAUACAGCCCACAAUUCAACACACCCAUCACAUUCUUUAUAUAAAUGAAACUGGGGAAUCAUUCCAAAGUCG